CGCAUCGCAUUGCGGCGUCGGCUCAAGCCGAACUGCAUUCCAGCUAUCCGGUUUUGGAGAAGGAGACGGUUGCCGAAGACUUCUCACACAGCACUCUCGGCAACUAUAGCGACAUGAAGCACAUCGGUGCCAUCUGCUCCUUACUUUUACUACUGGCACACGCUGGUGCCCAGUUCCAGUGCCCGAGCAGCAACGGCUAUUUCCCAGACCCGGAGCAAUGUGACAUGUACUACGAGUGCCGCCGGGGAGUGGCUAAGCCAAAGCUGUGCGCUGAUGGCAUGGCCUUUCAUGAAGGCAACCCUCUGUACGCACGAUGCGACUUCCUCGGAUCCGUGGACUGCUCACGAAGACCAUACCUGCAGAAUGCCAAGUCUACGCGCAAGUGUCCCCGCGCCAAUGGUUUCUUCCCGCACGAGGAUUACCCACGUGUUUGCCAGGAGUUCUACAGCUGCACGAACGGCGUGGCAGCCAAGCUCUCCUGCCAGAAGGGACUUGCGUUCAGCAUAAAGCACAGUGGGUGUGAGUGGGCUGCCAGGGUUCCCGGUUGUGAGCACGAGGCUGUAGAGGAAACGCAACAACCAUCCGAGGACCGCGUCAAUUCAGAAGAGGAAACGUGAGAAACAUUACCUGGUGAACUUGUUUUGGAUGUCACGUUUUUUUGCUCUGCAGUACAUUUACUUCACAAUAUAGUUUCCUUGUGUGUAUUACAACAAUUAGGUGUUAAUAAAUGCAAUGUUUCGUGCUUAAGAA